AUGAACGAUGGUAAAGUCAUAUGUCGCAUGCUUGGUUAUGUUGGAGUAAGUCACGUGUACACGAUUCCAGGAAAUGGUAAUAUUUGGCUUAGGGACCUUGAAUGCACUGGAGCAGAAGAUUCAAUUUUUGACUGUAGACAUUCAGCUGAUGCCCCUCAUUUUCAAAUCGACACAAGCAACGGCAUCACGGGUUCUGCAGCAAUUAUUAACUUUGCCAAAGCAACUGAGACAUUGGACUCACGAUUGAAAAGCUCGUAUCAAUUUAUAGUGGAAAAAGGUCAAGAAAUACCAUCUCCUACAACUUCUUGUACCAAUGCUUCUGUGGAGACAUGUUCUACCAUCACCAAGACAGCGUUCAAUGAUUCUUACAUCGCUGCAGAGGUUCCAGCCAGUCCAAAUGAUGCUASUAGUUUUACUAUUGGCGAUGGCCUCUAUUACCAUGGUUACCAUAAUGYACCAUUAGAACCCGGAUGUGUGUACAGGGYUCACGUGAGGAUCGUUACCAUGGCAAUGAAUGGGCAAAAGAUUUUUGGAAAAUCCAAAUUUGUGAGGUUUGCAGCAAGACCAAAAAUUGAUCCACCCCUAUUUCAAAUAAGUAACAAGAGUUCCAUCAAUCAAACGUCAGUGGUGAUCACUUUUCUUGCCACCUUGCAUAAAGAGCCAAUACCAGAUCGUUGGUAUCAAGUUGCCGUCGAUAAGACAGACGAAGAAGUUUUCACAUCUAAAGACAUGAGAGUGAACCAUUCUUACAUCGCUGCUGAGAUACCUACUACUAGUUCUACUUUCACCAUCGGUGAUGGUCUGAAUUACCAUGGUUACAAUAACACACCAUUAGAACCCGGAAGUAGUUAUAGAGUUUAUGUGAGAUUCGUCGCCAUGAAAUUGAAUAAGGUAAUAAUAAUCACGUUAUAAGCAUUUUGAUUAAAUGUAGCUAAUGCAAUUGGUCGAAGUUGAA